GAAAGAGAAAACAGAGCCGGGAAUGGUUGAGAGACCAACACCAACAAAGCAAUCUCCAAAACGGUGCGUUUCACUCUCCGCGUUUCGCUACCGAACCCUAACCCUAACCUCGGCAUUUCUCCGGUCUCCGUCGACGACGCUCCGGUCGGACUAAACGACCCAGCCAGAAAUCGAUCGAUUUCAUCGAUUCGGCUUUUCGUUCUGUUCUCUCUGCAAGAUCAAAUCGAUCCGCUACAAGAAGAAGAACGGCAAUCUUGGAGCUGUUUGGAUUGGAUCCUUGCGAUUUCGCUGCUGAAAACUAUGCCGUCUCACGCGGAUCUGGACCGUCAGAUCGAGCACCUGAUGGAGUGCAAGCCUCUACCGGAAUCGGAGGUGAAGGGCCUGUGCGAUCAGGCAAGGGCGAUUCUGGUGGAGGAGUGGAACGUGCAGCCGGUGAAGUGUCCCGUCACCGUGUGCGGCGAUAUACACGGCCAGUUCUACGAUCUCAUCGAGUUGUUUCGGAUAGGAGGGAAUGCCCCUGAUACCAAUUACCUCUUUAUGGGUGAUUAUGUAGAUCGUGGGUACUAUUCAGUGGAGACUGUUACGCUUCUGGUGGCCUUGAAAGUCCGUUAUAGAGAUAGAAUUACAAUUCUCAGGGGAAAUCAUGAAAGUCGUCAAAUUACUCAAGUGUACGGCUUCUACGACGAAUGCUUGAGAAAAUAUGGAAAUGCCAAUGUCUGGAAAUACUUUACUGACUUGUUUGAUUAUUUACCUCUGACUGCCCUCAUUGAGAGUCAGAUUUUCUGCUUGCAUGGAGGUCUCUCACCUUCUUUGGAUACACUGGAUAAUAUUAGAGCAUUGGAUCGUAUACAAGAGGUUCCACACGAAGGACCAAUGUGUGAUCUCUUGUGGUCUGAUCCUGAUGACCGCUGUGGGUGGGGAAUAUCUCCACGUGGCGCUGGAUACACUUUUGGGCAGGAUAUAGCUGCCCAGUUCAAUCAUACCAAUGGUCUCUCCCUUAUAUCUAGAGCUCACCAGCUUGUUAUGGAAGGGUACAAUUGGUGCCAGGAUAAAAAUGUGGUGACUGUAUUUAGUGCUCCAAAUUACUGUUACCGAUGUGGAAAUAUGGCUGCCAUACUGGAAAUUGGAGAGAAUAUGGAUCAGAAUUUUCUUCAGUUUGAUCCAGCUCCUAGGCAAAUUGAGCCAGACACUACACGGAAGACUCCAGAUUAUUUUUUGUAACUUCAUAUGUCUGCCUGUUUGUAGUUACUGCUUUCUGCUGUCUCUGUAGAUGUGUCUUUAAGGAAAGAUGAGUUUCACUGUUUAAGUGAAGGGUGGUCAUCAACAUAAUUCUUUCUUUUGAAGUUUACGUGCUGCUGCUGCCGACUUAUUUGCACAAGAAACCGAUAGGAGAACUGACCCAAACCACCGAUUGGUGUUGUAUAUUUUUGAGAGGAGGAAGCGGCAAAAACAUGGUAUAUCUUGUUCUGUAAUUUUUUUUAAUUAAAUCUCAAGUUAGAGAGCAGAUUUUUGAGUCCCGACAAUGAUGUUAAUUUGAGACUUUUGAUGGUCAAAUGAAAGAUCUGGUGUUCAUUU